AUGGUAAGUUUAAUAUAUUUUUUUAAUCGUAUUAUUGUAGUUUGGCUGGAUUCAUGAGAGUUAUCGGCAACUGGUGACUCGGAAGUAUGGAAGGGACACCUGGUUGAAGAUUCUGUAGGUUCACGGAAGUAGAGAAAUGUAUUUCAGUGAGAUCGCAAAGUUCGAAGAUGGGACUGAACGGGAAAUAAAUAAGAAUUACAAAGACGAAGACACGUUCCGUUUGGUCGCCGCAAUGGGUUCUGUGAUUGGUAGGUUAAGACAAUAUUAAAUGGCCUCUUAUCCCUUCAGGCAUUCCUAUUGAGGAGGUAUGGGAAGCUUACGGGGGAUUUCUUAUACAAUUUACAAUGGAAACUGGCUGGGAUGAACUGCUUCGUGCCAUGUCGCCUGACCUUGAGGGCUUUCUUGAUGGAUUGGAUUCUUUGCACUACUUUAUUGACCAUGUCGUAUACAGAACUAAGCUGAAGGGACCUUCAUUUCGAUGUGAAGUCCAACAAGAUGGGUCGCUUUUAUUACAUUACUAUUCAAGACGAUCAGGGUUGUAUCCCAUUGUUAAGGGAGUAAUUAGAGAAGCCGUUAGACGAAUUUUUGAUACUGAAGUCAUCAUGAAAGUGCAAGAGAGAAAACAAGAACAUGGGGACUCUCUGAUCACGGAACAUGUCAUCUUUAGUAUCACUCAGGUAUUUGUAAUGUAACACUCGGGCCCGGGUGAGAUUGGGACAUAAACUUCCAAAAAUUUUUGUGCCGACUCGCGCGUAAAACUUGGAGGCACCUCGCGAAAGAACACAUAUCGCUAGUGUAAAAACGGGAAAUUGCAGCAAAAAAUGAACGAAUGCGAAUUGAAAAUUGUCCAAACUUUAUGUCGGAAGUAUAAAGUUUAUCUGUAAUAACCACUUAUAGAUUGAGAACAGUUCCGGACAGCCGACACGAUCUAUUGCCAGUAAAUCUGCCUCUGGUGGGGCUGAAAUUGUGAAUGUAAGUUCUUGAGUAUGCGAUUAAGGAGUCUUUUCAAAAAAGUCGACGCAUUAAUUCAGAGUGCGGGUCAAUACCCAAUUAAAAUGGUUGACUUCUGCAAUGCAUUUCCACAUCAUUUCUGCUUUGAUCGUGAUCUUGUCAUCGAACACGUUGGAAUCCAUAUGAAGAAAACAUUUCCUUUUAUCAAAAAAGGGGAGACCAAACUGACAGACAUCUUACACCUGACCCAUCCUGAGAUCCCUCUCAAUUUUGAUUCGAUUAUGACCUUCCGAAACAGCAUGUUUGUGUUCCAAAUGAAAGAUAAUGCAGAUCCGAAUGCCGAGCCCACAGGCGUAGAUCUAGCCAUCAGUCAAUUCCCGAUUACCUUGAAAGGUGCUAUGAUCAGUGUAGAUAACAACAAUUAUCUGGUCUUUAUGUGCUCUCUGAACGUAACCUCCAUUAGAGAGUUGAUGGACAGGAAUUUGUUCAUAUCGGAUAUCCAGAGACACGAUUCAACUCGGGAUCUGAUUAUGCUUAAUCAAUCCAGGAUGUCUCAAGUCGAGCUAAAGUAAGAUGGGAUUACAGCAUACGAAGUUACAUGCGUAUUCUUAUAGCCGUCGUCUUGAAGAAACAACCAGGAACUUGAAAAAGAUGGCUUCAGAAUUGGAAGCCGAGAAACAGAAGACCGAGGAGCUGUUGUGUGAAUUAAUGCCGCCUUCUGUAGCUGAAAGCCUAAGACAAGGCGCCACCGUUGAAGCCUCUGAGUUCCUGGAUUCGACAAUACUCUUUACUGAUAUUGUCACCUUCACAAACAUUUGUGCAAUGUGUACUCCUUAUGACGUUGUUAAUCUUCUAAACGAUCUAUAUUUGAGAUUUGACCGGUUGGUUGGGUUGGUAGGUUAAGAAAAGUAAAAAUACAAAACAAUUACUUCAGCAUGAUGUCUACAAAGUCGAGACUAUUGGGGAUGCUUAUAUGAUUGUGGGAGGAGUCCCCAAAGAAUGCCCUAACCAUGCCGAGAAGAUCUUGGAUGUUUCCAUUGGGAUGCUGAUGGAGUCCAAAUCGGUGGUCAGCCCGAUCAACAAGAACCAGUCCAUCAGGAUCAGAGUCGGCGUCCACAGCGGCCCUGUGGUCGCUGGAGUGGUCGGAGUCAAGAUGCCCCGAUAUUGUCUUUUUGGGGAUACUGUAAAUAUCGCCAACAGAAUGGAGUCUCAAGGAGUGCCUUGCCGUAUUCAUGUCAGCGAAAGUAGUCGUUCCCGGGCCCUGCAAACAAACUCCGGAUUCGCCUUUUCUGAGCGUGGAAUGGUCGAUCUCAAGAUGGGUAAAGAACCGGUGAUGACGUAUUUCUUGGAUAAGAACGAACGCAAGAGCGUUUGGGAACUUUGUGAACGAGAGAGGGCAACCGACCAGUCGCUUGAUGGCUAUCUUGAACUCCACACUCAGAAUGUCGAUCAACGAAACGGCGUCAAUGGCAAAAAAGAAAAAGUACGAGUUGUAAUCGCUCUCUUCAUAAUCAACCACAAAUCUUUGCUUUUCAGGACGUUGAGAGCUUCUCUUCGAACGGUGGUUUGUGUUCAGCAGCUUGUAGAAUGAUGUAA